UUGUCUUUCAGCUCGAUCUGCAUCGCCGACUUUCUAUGAGGUUGGGUUCGAUUUUUUUUUUCCUUUUUUUAUUUCCCUUUCCGCUUUUCCUUUCACUAUCAGGAAGGCUGGCGGUGCAGGGUGCAGAUGGGGCACCUCUGGCAAGCUCCACAUCUGCGGCACAACUCCCCAGCCUGUGACAAUUAGCGGGAGGAGGAACGUGUGUGGAAGUGACCGGCUCGGGGGCACUGAUUGUGCUUGUGGCUGCCUGUGGCUUUUGAAAAUGGCAGUUCUGCCUUGAAGAUAUUUUUAUAUUCUACUGAUUGCAGCUGCUGUUGUGGAUUGUUUCUCUGUCUUUACCUACAUUUGACUCCCACUCAGAGUGUUUUCACUGUGAAGUUCUUGAAAAAGCAUCAUGCACCAAGAUGCUGGGUGGCUGUAAUCUGCUUUCCUUGGUGCUGGUGGGAGCAACUGCAGUUCUGUGCUCAGCUGGCCUCUGUGUGCCUGGAGGAGAACUUCAUUCCUUAGGGAUUUUGUGCUGACAAAAAGCCCAAUGUGAUCCUUUGAGUAGCCCAAGCUGUUUUCAUCUGAGAGGAGAACUUGAGCCAUUGUCUUAUGUUGGUACUACAAUGCUGAGUUCUAGCUCAACUGCUGUGAAGAAUCUCCCUCUGAAGAGGAGGCUCUGUUUUCUGCUGAAACUUGUGUGCUUUGUCAGCUCAGUGUUAAUAUUUUGUGAAUUUUUAAUUUACUAUGUGGUGAUAUUUCAAUGCCGAUGGCCAAGUGUGAAAGGUGGAGCUCACAUGGCUGAAAAAGAGACUUCAGCUUCAGUCCUAAAGGCCAUCAUUUUAGCUGAUACACACCUACUUGGUGAAAUCAAAGGACAUUGGCUGGAUAAGCUAAGAAGGGAAUGGCAAAUGGAGAGAUCUUUUCAAACUGCCUUAUGGUUACUGCAGCCAGAUAUUGUUUUUAUUCUGGGAGAUGUUUUUGAUGAAGGAAAAUGGAGCUCACCUCAGGCCUGGGCAGAUGAUGUCAGGAGGUUCCGGAAGAUGUUCAGGCAUUCAGUUUUCACGGAGCUGGUGGCCAUCACUGGGAAUCACGACAUCGGAUUUCAUUACGAAAUGACUACUUACAAGGUAAAUCGAUUUGAAAAGGUUUUCAACUUUACUUCAGGAAAGCUGAUAACUCGGAAAGGAAUAAACUUUGUCCUAGUGAACAGUGUAGCCAUGGAGGGUGAUGGCUGUGCUGUCUGCCGUACCUCAGAGGCAAAACUUGUGGCACUUUCUCACAAACUGAAUUGCUCCCAGCAGAAACCAAAUCAUUCCAACAAAAGAUGCAGUGAUGUGGAAAAGCUUCCAGCUUCAGAACCCAUCCUUUUACAGCAUUACCCUCUCUAUCGGAAAAGUGAUGCUGAAUGCACUGGAGAAGAUUCUGCUCCUCCAGAGGAGAAAAACAUCCCCUUUAAAGAGAAGUAUGAUGUGCUGUCUCAAGAGGCAUCACAAAAGCUGCUAUGGUGGUUUCAGCCCCGUUUGAUUCUCAGUGGGCACACUCAUAGUGCUUGUGAAGUGCUGCACGCAGGGAAAAUUCCAGAAAUCAGUGUCCCAUCAUUCAGUUGGAGGAAUAGAAACAAUCCUAGUUUCAUCAUGGGCAGCAUAACACCAACUGACUUCUCCCUCCAAAAAUGCUUCCUUCCAUUUGAGAGCAGAGUCUUCACUAUCUACUGUGCAGCAGGUGCUCUGCUUGUGAUCCUGGUACUAGCUCAUGUUCAGCUUCUCACUCCACCGUUUUAUUUUGCUCAGCGUUUAAUCAGUAAGCAUAAAGCAGUAUGAAGAGCCAGACAUCUGCAUUCAGUCACUGAAAUACCAAAGCUGAGAACAGUCAAACAUCAGACUAUAUUCAUGCCAGCAAAUGACCUAAUUUGAUUGCUAGUCUGAAGGCAGGUUGCAUUUACACAUACCAUAGAAGUCCUAUACAGCUGAUAUGACUACUACAGGAUAAAUAAUUAACUGAAAUGAACGUUUCAUGCUGUACAAAAAUACUGUAUUCGACAAUCAAAUGAGUCCUUUUCCUGCUAUAAUUUUUGUAUCAAAUAUGUAUAUUAAAAGUGUAACUGUACAUUAUGUAAAUCCUAUAGCCUCAUCACUUGUCUGCACUUGUGUCUUACCCUGGUGGAGGCUGACUCUUGCAAACUGGAAAUGUUUCUCUGUUUUAUUGCUGCAUGGCCCUUCAAAUAUCAUACUUGUGUUUGUUAGGGUCAGGCAGAAUCUGGAUGCAUCAGCACUGAGAGAUGCAGAUUCCAUAACCUUUUUAGUGUCAUGUGUAAGGGACUGUGGUUUGGGACAAGAAAUCUGGUUCCUGACACAGUAAAUUGUUAGCUGACUAUAAGUUGCAGUUAUCCAUCUACCAGACAACAAGGGGAAGAAGCUUGAGGAUCCAGUUUGCUGAUACACACUUGAAAACUGCUUUAAAAAAAAUUAGGGUGACACCUUAAGCUGCUGCUUUCAAAAAGAUGUGCUAUGAUGAGCUUAAAAAAGAGGGCCCUGUUGCAUCCCAGAGAUCUGUGGUGAGGAGCCCUCCAGUUGCCGAUCUCCUGCAAGAAGGAAGGUCAAAUACAGCUGCAGUAACAUUAUCCUAUGCCUCGGCCCUCAGUCUACAGCCAGGGAUAGGAAUCACCUUAUUUUACAUUCCACAAGUUCCGUUGACUUUAGCAUAGUGUCACAUUUUGAACUGCACUAGCUCCUCUGUGGGGAGGCAGAGGCCACCAGCUGUGCCACAAAGAUAAAAUCUGAGCUCAGUGUCUCCAGUGUGUGGGGGAAGGUGGGACAAGCCUACUGCUGCUCCCCACCCAUCCCAGUAAAAACAGAGGGACUACUUCACACUAGGACCAGUUUUCCUGCUGAUGUUCCUGCAGAGACUGGGAGCUCUAACCUGAACUCCUGGGCUGGGGCUAGCUUAAAAACAAAAAAGUACUAUCUUUUGUUAUUCAUUCUAUUACUUUCUUUGGCAUGAGAAAUACGAGAAUUCUGUUUACUGUUAAUUUAUUCCACCCAGCCUUUCACUUUUUGGGAAAUAUGAGUAAACUGAACAUAGAGAUGAACAUAGAGAUUUCUGGGAAGAGAAAAUGGUCAUACUAUAGUAUCUAAAAUGGGACUGUUUUGUAUUCAACUGGAAACAAGUUCUCAAUUGGACUGUAGUCUGAUUUUAAAAUGAUGACUGAUUGGGGUUUAUAACUAAUAACAAUACAGUAAAAAGUUAAUAAAACCUGCUGAUUUAUAUGCCAGUGUGGGGACUGUGUUAGCUCUUCAUCUCUCCCUAAAUUUAAAAUGAAGUGGGGGGAAUGGUCCGAAGUGUGGUAAAACAUUCUAUAAAGUAAUGUAGUCUAACACUUCUCUAGAUUUCUGUUAUUGCAACUGUAAUUUUAGACAUUUGUACAGGUUAUCUUGGACACAGGAAAAGUAUAUAGUCACAGACAUAAAACACCUAUGUAUAAAAUAUAAAGCAGUGUUAUAGUUACUAAAAAGGACAUGCCUUAUUGCUACAGCAAUUCUUGCUUUUUAUAUAUUGUACUGUACCACAACUUGUUUUGAGAAUGUCAUUUGCAUAAAUUAUUCAAGUUUGAGAAAUAUUCACACAUUUUGAUUCUACAAUAUUUAAAAUAAAAUAAUUUUCUAAUGUG